CGUUUUUGUGACUAGUGAAAGUAAACACCUUUUUUCGUCCUGCAAGAGAAAAAAUCUUUUUCCUUCUAAACUUUGUAGGAAUUGUGCAAAAAUGAACCGCUUGUUUGGUAAAUCGAAGCCCAAAGAACCCGGACCUAGCAUCGAUGACUGCAUCAAGGGGGUUGACUCCCGCGCGGAAACCAUAGACACGAAAAUCCGCACCCUCGAUGCCGAGCUGCGCAAAUACAAGGAUCAGAUGGCCAAGAUGCGGGAGGGUCCGGCCAAGAACGCCGUCAAGCAGAAAGCGAUGCGAGUGCUCAAACAACGGAAACAGUAUGAAAACCAGGUGGAAAAUCUGAGGAACCAGUCGUUCAACAUGGAGCAAGCGAACUUUGCUGCCCAAACUCUGAAGGAUACGCACGCCACUGUGGCCGCAAUGAAAGACGGCAUGAAGUCGAUGAAAAAGGAGUUCAAGAAGAUCAACAUCGAGGAGAUCGAAGACAUUCAGGAUGAUAUGGCUGACAUGCUGGAGCAGGCCGAUGAGGUCCAAGAGGCGAUGGGACGCAGUUAUGGAAUGCCGGAGAUUGACGACGACGAUCUGCAGGCGGAGCUGGAUGCCUUGGGCGAUGAGAUUGCUCUGGAUGACGAUACUAGCUAUUUGGAUGAUGUGGUGAAAGCUCCAGCUGCUCCGGACAAGGAACCAGGGGCGGACAGUGUUACCAAUAAGGAUGGCAUUCUGGUCGAUGAAUUCGGUUUGCCUCAGAUCCCGACCCAAGUGAAAAGCACCUAAAGUGGAUGUGUGUGAGUGAACUAAGUCAUUCUGGCGGUUAUUUUGUUUUAUUUUACUAAUUAAGGCUUACUAUAUCUGUGAAAGCUUUUUUGCACGACCGAAGAUACAUAAUACGUUUAAAAAUAACUAUUCACCCUAA